GAUAGAAUUAAAACUCACCAUCCUCCUUCUCCUCCUCCUCCUCCUCCAUGUGCAACACCACCACCCUCUCUACUCUCCAACCCCUCUCCCAGUCCCAUCUCUUACCUCCUUUCCCUUCCAUGGAUGACCUCCAUAGAUGGCCAACAUUCUCUGAGGUAAUGGAAGAGAUGAGAGCAAUAGCAAGAAUUUCAAUUCCCUCAACAAUCACUGGUUUAGUUCUCUAUUUACGCACAAUGAUCUCCAUGCUAUUUCUCGGUUACCUCGGUGAGCUCUCCCUCGCCGGAGGCUCUCUAGCCAUAGGCUUCGCUAAUAUCACCGGCUACUCCAUCCUCUCCGGUUUAGCCAUGGGCAUGGAACCCAUCUGUGGCCAAGCUUUCGGUGCUAAACAACGCAAACUUCUUGGCCUUACUCUUCAACGCACAACUCUUCUUCUCCUCUCCACCUCCAUCCCCAUCUCCCUUCUCUGGCUCAACAUCAACUCCAUCCUUCUCCACUUCCAUCAAGACCCUGACAUCUCUCUCACCGCUCAAACUUUCAUCACCUUCGCCAUCCCUGACCUUUUCUUGCUCUCCUUUCUCCACCCUCUCCGCAUCUUCUUGAGAACCCAAUCCAUAACUCUCCCUAUAACCUACUGUUCCUUCAUCUCCCUUCUCCUCCACAUCCCUCUCAACUACUUCCUCGUCGUCCAUCUCAAACUCAACAUCGCCGGCGUCGCCAUCUCCACUGUCUUGACCAACCUUAAUCUCCUCACUUGCUUACUCUUCUUCUUCUUCAUCUCCGGCGUCUACAAAGACUCUUGGGUCACUCCAAGCAUGGACUGUCUCCGUGGUUGGCCAGCCUUACUCAAGCUCGCCGUCCCUACCUGUGCCUCCGUUUGCUUAGAGUGGUGGUGGUAUGAGCUUAUGAUCAUCCUCUCCGGCCUUCUUUCCAACCCUAAAGCUACAUUAGCUUCAAUGGGUAUCUUAAUCCAAACUACUUCUUUGGUUUAUGUUUUCCCUUCUUCUUUAAGCUAUGGUGUCUCCACUAGGGUUGGUAAUGAGUUAGGAGCUCGCCGUCCGGCAAGAGCUCGUACUUCCGCCAUUGUCUCUUUAGCAUGCGCCGUCCUUCUUGGUCUCUCCGCGAUGAUCUUCACCACCUCGGUGAGACACCGGUGGGGGAGACUAUUCACUGAAGAUAAUGAGAUACUCAACCUCACUGCUAUUGCUUUGCCGAUUGUCGGUCUUUGCGAGCUCGGCAACUGCCCGCAAACGACCGGUUGCGGAGUUCUUAGAGGAAGUGCAAGGCCAAACAUUGGAGCUAAUAUUAAUCUUGGUUCAUUCUAUGUGGUCGGUAUGCCGGUGGCUAUCUUGUUAGGUUUUGUUGCAGGCAUGGGCUUCGCUGGACUCUGGCUUGGAUUGCUCGCUGCGCAAGCUUCAUGCGCGGCGUUCAUGAUCGUAGCAUUGAUAAAAACAGAUUGGAUUGAAGAAAUGGAACGUGCUAAACUCUUGACAAACACUUCAUCAUCAUCAUCAUCAUCAUCAUCAUUUUCUAGUAAUUCAGCUUCUUCAAAUACUAGUACUAGUACUACUGCAUGUUGUUUAGAAGAAAUUUUGUGCAUUAGUGAUGAAGAUGAUGAUGAGAAGAAGAAGGAGGUCUCAGUGGAGACUCAUCCUCUUAUUCUCAGUGAAUGAGUUUUGAUGAAUUAUAUAUAUAUAUAUAUAUAUUCAUUUUGUUAUA